CUAUACAAUGACCUGAGAGAUUCGUUAUGAGAAAAAUGUCCAUCACAGCUUUAAAACCUUGCUUUGGAAGGAACUAAUGAGAAAGCAGAUUGGAAGGAUUCUGGCAUGAAGAGGCCAGUGAGGGAGCCAGGGCAAGUACUGUUUACAUUUCACACAUGCAGGAAGGGACGCUAAGAGAGGUUUAUACAACUUGCAAGGUAAAGCACUGAUUAAGAGUUUGUGACUUUUAUUUCAGUGAUUUUUUACUUUAUAUCAUGUUGCUUCUCACUAUAUUAUGUUGAUAGCUGAAAUGUCAUUAUCCAGCUUACUUUAUAGGAUUCUCUUGGUGAGGCUGGUUGAACUGACCCCUCCAUCAACGGACCCGUCUAAAGGGGCAAGAAUCUUCCCACAUUUCACAUAUGGUUUGAUUACCUCUGUCCUAAGAGAACAAUCUACUAUCUGGGUAUGAAACACAUGAUUAGAAAACACUAUGCCAUUAUGUUACUCUGUCAAAGAGCCAUGUUUCACACCUCUCCAAGUAAAAAGAAACUUCAAAAAAGUCCCAAACAAAAUAAUCCUAAUAAUGCAUGCUCUCGUUAAAAUUGGAUACCUUUUAUCUGUUUCUUCAUUGAGGUGAAGAAUGUUGCCUGGAUUCCUUCCAUUUAAAAACUUGAAGUCAGAUCUGUGGCUGAACUCCAGAUCUGAUUUUAGCCUUGGGGAAGCAAAGAGGACAAAACUCAAAAGCUCAACUUUCUGGAUGGCAUGGAUGAUUCAAUGAGCUCUUUUCUGUUUUUGAGUCUGUUGGCCAGGAGACCUGGAUAUGAUAGGGCUUCAGUUCCUCAGGCGGGAUAGAAUCUGGGGCAUCGCUCAUAAGGUCGUGGCCCUGGAAAGAUUUGGGGAAGGCUAUGACAUCUCUGAUGCUUGGCGCUCCAGUGACAAGGCACAUCAGUCUGUCUAACCCUGUAAAAUACAAAGUUAAUAGAUGAGAAUGUAACCUAAGGUUGGGGGUGACUUAAUUUUUCUAUAAAGGUUGUAGAAAACUUUUAAGUAAGAACCUUUAAUAAGUUGCAGCUAAGCAUAGUUCCCUGCCUUUUUAGAGAACUUUUGUUUGUUUGAGAGGUUUUUUUUUAUCUCAUUCCAGAAAAGUGCUCAGGACUAAUAUUCACACGCUACUGGGAUUAAUAGUCACAGCAAUUAAUGAGUCCUGAGCAAGGGCUUACUGAAGGUUGAACAAAAUUAGGUGCUGUGCAGGGGACUCCAAAAACACAGAAGGAAGUCCUUACUGUUGAAAGCGUACAAUCUAGGGAUACAUAUGGCUUUGAUGGUUCCUUGGGGUUUACUAAGCGCAUCCUGAAGAAAUCCAACCUUUGUGUUUCUGAACAUAUCACUGAUAUCUACAAUCUGGAAAAUGGAUAACAGGAAAAGAGCACAGGCUCCAGACGCGCAGGCUCAGCAAUUGUGGCUCACGGGCCCAGUUGCUCCGCGGCACGUGGGAUCUUCCCAGACCAGGGCUCGAACCCGUGUCCCCCGCAUUGGCAGGCAGAUUCUCAACCACUGCGCCACCAGGGAAGCCCCCUUUUUUAAAAAAAUUGAGCACUGCCUAUUCGUGGACCAAGCAGAACUCAGUUUCUGAGGAAUCUGCACUGAGAACUGAGAUAUAGAAAUGUCACCAGCGUUACAGUGAUGAAGGGCUGUUGCUGUCUAAGAGCAAAUAACAAGAGGCCUGCUAAGGAAAACUGCUCUGUGAAAACCACCAUCAUGCAUACUUAAACCACCUGCCUCUAUCUACCUUCGGUACUGAAUCCAUCCACACAAGGUGACUUCUUGGCCUAAGUAAGAAGAACGCAACUCUCCACACGUGUUGGUCCGGGCAACAAAGCUACUGAGUUCUUAAAGAAACGAAAAAAAGGAGAAAACUACAUUAUAAGAAAUGAAGAGGGUGAAUGAUGUGCUUCUACACAUAAAGCUAUCCAGUCGAGACUAGGGGGAAAAUGGAAUAAGCACUCUUGCUGCAGAGAAAAGGAGGAAGGGCUGUUCAGAGGACAAACCUCUUCACUACAUUCACCUGGAAUUCUCCUCUGUGAACUCAGUACCAGACUUCGGGAGAAAGAACCCCAGAUCAGCUGUGUGGUCCUUCUAGUGGGUCUGGAUAAACCCCUGUACAGCCGACUUAACCAACAGAACAUGUUAGAGCCGCAGGAUGGCGAGACGCUCAGGAAUCUCACGCUGCACUUGUUGGAUGGCGGUCAAAAGUCAGUUUUGGAAAUACACACAAAUCCCUUAAAAUGUUAGUAGUUCCCACUCUCUUAUAUUUAAGCCCUUGUCCGCUGAACAUUCAACAGCUCGUGUCGGCAAACUAGAUAAAUCUGCAAAGUCUUUGGGGCCUUUGGGGAAGUUGGGUAGGGGAAAGAACUUUUAAAAUCUUUGUCCCCUCUUAACGCAUCCGUUUCACUUCUAUUAACAAACAAAGCUUCGGCCUGAAGUGACAAGCGUACGAUUCCAUACAGCAGCCAAGGCAGGACACCGCGGCCACGCAGAGGCAGCACGGGGCCGGUCAGCAGGCGCACGCCCUUCCCAUCCUUCCACGCUUCCCAGAAGGUUCCCGCGGGCAGAACUGGAAAACAGGGAGGAAAAUCAGCCCCGCGUUUCAAAUCUCCCAAACCUGGUGGCCGACCUCGGGUCUUCAGAAGGAGGAAUGCAAGCAAAUCCAAAAUGUUUCUAGGGCCCGAAACCACACACAGAUCGCCGCUGGGAGGCAAGCGCUCCUUAACCCACCCCACGAACAACCAAGCUUACGGUGGAAGGAGUCAACCAGUCAGAGCACAGGGAAUGCCGCCAUCUUUACUACGGGCGGAAAUUUGAAGGACCGUUUAGCACCGGUAGAAAAGCGCGGAAGGUUAACUCCCCGCGAUUAGGAAAGUAGACGAUAAUGGUUAGAGCGCUCCCGUGCCCUCAGUCAAAAUGGCAACCGUAGUUGCUUCACUGACUUGAAAUCGGCGCCAUGGAGGCGUCUAGCGUCCUGCCGCAGAGCUAGUCGGGAAACGAUUUUAAACUGAGGAGGCGGCUGAACGCAAGGUUGCUGCUUCUUAACGGCGGGAUUUUGGAGCUGGCGUUGGCCCCUGAGGGCUCAGCUGGAGAGGGGCGAGUUGGGACACACUGUCCCUUGCCCUUUCCCUCCGUGGGCUGAAGCAGACUCCGCAGGAGCGAGGGUCGCGGAGCUGGGUGGCUGAGUCAGCGGAAAUGUCCCUCCCGGCGUGAAGUGUCGGGCUCGGCUGGCGCCUGCGGGAACGGAAAUCUCCUUACUGGGCCCGUUUGCGUCCGUCGUGAACCCACCUGUGGUGGAGCGAGAGGGAAUUUGGGAGCGCCAGGGGUUCCUCCGGACUUACUCUUCGCUGUCAUUUUGGCGGCUGUUUUACUUCAGGGGAUUUCAGUUUCGACGUAGUUUUGGAUCCAGACUUGAAGAAUGAUUCGUGAAGGGAAUGGUUGACAGCGUCAUCACGGCAUUUUAUUGACCAUGGAUUCUUAUGAUGCACCAGAAUCGACUCCUAGACAGUGUGCAUCCUCAAGGCUUAAAGAUUACUUUAUAGGUGCCACCCCUCUGCAAAAACGAUUAGAAUCAGUCAGGAAGCAGACUUCAUUUAUCCCGACUCCACCUCGAAGGAAAAUUCCCCAGUGUUCACCACUGCAGGAAGAUGUUGAUCCUCAAAAGUUUGCAUUCCUUCUGCAUAAACAAUGGACUUUAUAUAGUUUAACUCCCUUAUAUAAAUUCUCCUAUACUAAUUUCAAAGAGUAUUCUAGACUUCUGAAUGCAUUUAUUGCUGCUGAAAAGCAAAAAGGACUUGCUGUGGAAGUGGGAGACGACUUCAACAUCAAAGUGAUUUUCUCUACUCUCCUGGGAAUGAAAGGAACACAGAGAGACCCUGAAGCAUUUCUUGUCCAGAUUCUGUCAAAAUCUCAAUUGCCAUCUGAGCACAGAGAAGGUAAAGUGUUGUGGACUGGUUGGUUCUGCUGUAUAUUUGGAGACAGUCUUCUGGAGACUGUUUCAGAAGAUUUCACCUGUCUACCCUUAUUCCUUGCAAAUGGUGCAGAGACUAAUACAGCCAUAAUUGGAACCUGGUUUCAGAAAACUUUUGACUGUUAUUUCCGUCCCUUAGCAAUCAAUGCGUUUAAUCUUUCCUGGAUGGCUGCUAUGUGGACUGCAUGCAAAAUGGACCAUUAUAUGGCUACUACUGAAUUUCUUUGGUCUGUACCCUGUAGCCCUCAAAGUCUGGAUAUCUCUUAUGCCAUACAUCCAGAAGAUGCAAAAGCUUUGUGGGACAGUGUUCACAAAACACCUGGGGAAGUUACCCAGGAGGAAGUUGACUUAUUCAUGGAUUGCCUGUAUUCACAUUUCCAUAGGCAUUUCAAAAUUCAUUUAUCAGCCACAAGAUUGGUUCGUGUUUCAACAUCUGUAGCUUCAGCACAUACUGAUGGAAAAAUAAAGAUUUUGUGUCAUAAAUACCUUAUUGGAGUGUUGGCAUAUUUGACAGAACUGGCAAUUUUUCAAAUUGAGUGAGGCCUUGUGGGGACUAUAAGUUAUGGAUUAUAUACCUUUUUCUCAUUGACUAUCUGCCUGAUUGCUAUGCUGAGGGGGACUGCAGGAGAAAUGGGCAUCUGUGCAUUUGUUUUCCUCACAGUGCCUUGGAGUUACCCAGAUGAAAGCCAAGAAGGAUCUAGAAGAACAAAGAAGGUGGUAGUGGAUGAACCACAGCCAGGUGCUCGUGUAAUAUAGUCCUGGUCAUCUGGGAUGCCAGUCUCUAGAAUAUGCCAAGUUAUUAAUUUGUUGGCCAUCUUUCUAAAAAAUAUAUAAUGUUUUAUUAUGUCAAAAUUUUUAGGAUUCAAAUGAGAUACCUCUAAUAUUGAAUAUUUCUGAUUUGCAUCUUUAAAACCUUUAAUCCCUAAUUUUAAGCAUUUUAGACUUGUAUUCAGAGAGAAUUUAUAUGUUCUACAGACAUUUUCCUAGCAUCAUUUUGCUGUAGAGAACCAGCAAUCAAAAUCCUCCCCAAAGGAAACUAAAGUUACUAUACAUUUUUUAAGCCACUAAUACGCUUCUGUUUUUAAUGCUGUUUAAUUCUUA